GACUGGUGUCAACUACGAGGCGUCAGUGUUGUCACAUUCAUCGCGCUAGUCAGUCGCGUAAUAACGUCGCCGUGUCGAACGCAUUCUGCUUCGUUGUUAUUUAAAUAUUUUAUUUGUUUUUUUUUCUGGUUUCUUUUAUUUUUCACCGGUUUUUUAUUUUAGUUGGGUUUUUGCCUGCGUCGUUGUCGUUUGUUCGCAAAUACAGGGAUUUAAAUAUUAUACUCGCGAGAAGAACAUCGGUGUUGAUCCUGUGUGCAUUUAUUAAAAUACGUCGCGUUAAUUUUCCCAUCGUAUCUACGUAUAUUUGUUGUUUCGAGACACAACAAAAUUCAACCCGGUCACACUUCAAUUUCAAGUUUACGAUCGUGUUUCGAAUAUAAUUUUGUAUUUUUGCUCCAGUGGUGUUUAUGUAUUAUUAUUAUUGGUUCGAUCUCGUUGUAUUUUGUUUUCAACGAAAAGUAUUUUUGAAAAUAUAAUUUUGAUACCAGUGAACAGUUCGUUCGUUGUAUAUUUUCGACUGUCUCUGCCACUUUUGCGUACCGGCUCGCUCGUUGCUUUGUUUUUAUUGUGUUAAUUUAUCAUCGUGAAACUUGUGAUUUGCGAGGAAACUAUGCUAAAAGGUGAUCUGCAUCAUUAAAUGAGCUCGCCACCGAGUUUACGCUAUAUUUAUUGGUUACCGAGAAACGAGCAGAACAUUCGGUUUUGUCAUCCAUGAGGUACGAGCAAGGAGAUGUAACGUGUUCCAGGACGCCGCCCUCGCCAAGAGGGGCCCCCGAAACUUCGCCGGGGUCCCCCCAUAAAAUGCAGUCAUCAUUUCACCCGUUUUUGCUGCAAAGACCGACCGAUUUCAGCGUGAGUUCCUUGUUGACGGCUAGCGCCAACGGUCCGAACGGCCCAACCGGACCGACUACUGUACCGCAUCCGGCAUAUCCGUUCUCGUUAACUGGCACCCCGAUGGGUUGUUAUCCCGGACUAUUGCCCAAAUUACCGCCCCCUCCGCAUCCCUAUACGACAGCCGAAGAGGUGCUAGCCGCAGCCGCGGCCGCACAUCAUCACCAUCAUCCCGGUAUGGUUAGACCGUUAAGGGCGCUGCAGCCGGAAGACGACGGUGUCGUGGAUGAUCCCAAGGUUACGCUCGAAGGAAAAGAUCUUUGGGAAAAGUUUCAUAAAUUAGGAACCGAAAUGGUGAUAACGAAAUCUGGAAGGCAAAUGUUUCCGCAAAUGAAAUUUCGAGUAUCUGGGUUGGAUCUGAAAGCGAAAUACAUCCUGUUAUUGGACAUAGUAGCCUCGGAUGAUUUUCGUUAUAAGUUUCACAACAGUAGAUGGAUGGUAGCGGGAAAAGCUGAUCCAGAAAUGCCAAAAAGAAUGUAUAUCCAUCCGGAUUCACCAUCAACGGGUGAACAGUGGAUGCAGAAAGUCGUCUCAUUUCAUAAAUUAAAAUUAACCAAUAAUAUCUCGGAUAAACACGGAUUUAAUGCGAUGGCGACUCAAUCUAACCCGACCAAGAGUAGAAUUAAUGAAACAGAAUCUCCGACUAUAUUAAAUUCCAUGCACAAAUACCAACCGAGAUUUCAUUUAGUGAGAGCAAAUGAUAUUUUAAAGUUACCAUAUUCUACAUUUAGGACGUACGUUUUUAAAGAAACCGAAUUUAUAGCUGUUACUGCAUAUCAGAAUGAAAAGAUAACGCAACUAAAAAUAGACAAUAAUCCAUUUGCCAAAGGUUUCAGAGACACUGGUGCUGGAAAAAGAGAGAAAAAACAAGCGUUACUAGCAGCCCAAAGGCAUAGUUCUGACGAAAAAAGGCCAGAAAGUGCGAGAGGCGUUGAUAACGACGAUGAUAAAUUAUUAGAUGUAGUCGGUAGCCCUGAAUCUCCGCUGCAUUCGUUACAUUCAGCCAACAAUCUGGCAGCUCAACAUCCAGGUUGGUUCCCGCUACCAGCAGCAAUGGCGGCGGCAGCAGUAGCCAACGAUUCGUUCGUAGCCGAAGAAAUAAGACGAAGAAUUGGUGCUAUGCAACAUCCACUUCAUCCGUUCGUACUUCCUCCUCAGGGAAGCGGAGCACAACACACCGAUCCGGACAGCGAACCUGAUAGUAGCUGUUCGGAAUCCGGUCCCGGUAGCAGUUCUAAUCCUGGUUACAAACAUUCGUCUCCGUCGGCAACGCCGGAACGAUCACCCAGCGUCCCUGGUCCUUCCGGUCAACAUCAUUCAUCGAGCGAUUACCCAUCACCCGACAUAUCAGUAGGACCGCCUAUACAUCCACCGCCUAAUUUAUUACCGUACCUGUAUCCGCACGGACUGUAUCCGGGCGUCGCCGCUAAUCCUUUACUUUCUUCAUCUCCUCUAUUCGGAACCGGUGCCGGAACGCAUCCGGCAACCGGUAUGAAUCCUAGUUUACUAUUUAAUGCGCAACUAGCACUCGCAUCUCAGAAUCCGUUCUUCAGUCACGCUUACCACGCCUUAAACAGCCACCAGCAGCAGCAGAAUCAUCAUCUGAAAGCUGCCGCUCUGGCAUCGGGUGCUCAUCGAUUUGCGCCUUACUCGCUACCCAUCGUACCGCCCGGCUUGACCAGUAAUUCAUCGAUCGGUUCGGCGUUCGACGCGGUACUGCCUAAUUUGUCGAAUAGAGGAUCUAGUCCGUCGAGUCCGACUUUGCAGUCGAGCAAUAAAGUCAAAUCUCCAUCCGUAUCUCCCAAGUCUGAUAAAUCACUCAUGUCGCCUAAAUUAUCAUCGUCCGCGUCCAAUAAUUCGCCUCUCAAUGAGCUAAAAAGCAUCGAGAAGAUGGUCAACGGUUUGGAAUCCAAGUCGAAUUUCAUUAAUUUUAAACCUUCGGACGAAAACAGCGUGAGCAGCAACGACGUCAAUGGCAACAGCAAGUAGAAUUUUACCUACGCGAAAUAAUCGUUAGUCAGGUAUUUAUAAUUCACGAUUUUUCGCGCGCCUGUUUACGCUCACGAUGUUGAAUAUCUUAUUUUUAUUUCCUUCUUUCUCCCUCUUUAUUUUUCUUUUUUUUUCUUUUCGUGUUUUAUUUCUUUUUUGAAAAUUGUAAAUAAAACGGCCGAGUGCAAAUAUUAAAUUUAAUUCGUGUAAUUACGUUGAAUACUGUAUACUUUUUUUCAUAUAUUUUAAGUAGAUAGUGGUGUAAGCUUAAAAAGUUCCUUUUAAUCAUGAAUCGUCGUUUAUAUUAAAAAGAAAAAAUUCACCGUUUCUACGAAACUGGUGUUAGUCAAUUAGCCUAAAUUGAAUUUUCCUGCGACAUUAACUUUUUUCAAAGAAAAUUAUCUACCUACGUUUUAUUGAAAUUGAAGCAAUUUCAAUCGCGAUUAUUUUCCCAUCGAAAAUAUUUUUGAAAAAAAUAAACUCAAAAUCAUGUUUUUUUGUAUCACGCGUUUUUUUUUUGUUUUUUUUAGACAAUCAAAAAAAUGCUACGAAAUAACGCAAUAAAUAAACGAAUAAUUUUUAUUUCGCCGCGUUGAAUGUUGUAUUUUGUAUUUUUUUCUUUUCUUUAUUUUUUUCCUUUUUUUGUUUUUUUUUUGUUUGUGUACAUGUACAAUAGUUUUUUUUGUACCUUAAUCCGAUUCAUUAUACAAUGAAACGAUACAGAAUUUUAUAGCAAUAACAUGUAUUUGUAAACCACGUUAGAUGAUUACCCUGUAGUAAAUAAGAUGUUAUUUGUCGUAAUGUAAUAAAUUCUUUUUAAUUCUUUUCAUUCGUUA